UGACCGUCCUGGAUAGACCAUCAGAGGGGAGAGUGUUGUCAUAAUGAAAGUGGCGUUUGGUAGAAUUCUAGUUGUGUUGUGCCCCACGGCAGAGCAUCUGACCCCGCUGGGCACCUCAGCAAUGGAACUAGAUCGUUGUUGUUUGGAGGCAGAUCUAAGAGGAAGUUAUAGAAGAUAUAGGCAGGCAAUUUGUGCCAUUUUUCCUCCUCCUAUUUCACCUUCCAGUCCUAUAAUACUUGUUUUCUUAUUUUACGAUUGAUCGUUGUCAGUUUUGUUACGAUUUUCUUUGCUUUAACGAAGCCAUUGCCAUUUGUGAAUUAGUUUUUCAACUAGAAAAAUCUUAUUUCCUGUGUGCUUAAUGACUGGAACCAAUAGCGCACUAUGCGGUUUAUACCUUUGUGUUUUAUCCUAGAACUACUGAUCAGUCGGCUUUAUUUCCCCCAAGCACUCGGCUUCCAAACUUUCUGGGUUAGUUUAAUGCCGUUGAAAUACUUCUCAGUAAAAUUUGGGUACCCUUUAUAUGAUUCAGACAAAAACUUGGAAAAUUAAUUUUGUAAAACUGUUUUUCUUCGCAAAAGACUGAAGAAUUGUUAUUUAAAAAAAAAAAUAGUAAGAUUCUUUCUGACUAAAAAACCUAUUUUUUUCAUACUCAAAUUUUCAUAUUAACAUGUUUGUGGCAAAAAAUAUUUCCCUGAAGAGUUUGUUUAAAAUAUCCUUAAUUUGGCCAUAUCUCCCCAGGGGAAAUGACAUGUUAGAAUAUUUGCAAAUUUAAACAAGAAUAUUUAAGCUUAGCAGAAUUUGAGUUAAUAGUUUUGUAGAGCUGUAAACCCUACAGUGUAUCCAUUGACAGGGUUCUCUUGAAGAGUAUAUCCAUAUCAAAGGAUAUGGCCAUGACUUUGUGGUGAGCAGAGGAUAACUUUUGUGACAUUGAGAAGAUGUGAUUUGUGUAAAACUGCUUUCUACCUCACUUUAUCUUGUUAAUUAGUAUUUUUAUUGUUGCUUUGGAUAAAGGCGGGAAGUAGCAGGUUUGUAUCCCCCCUUUCCUAAGUUUUAGCAACAUAGCAAAAUAGGAAAGAACUGGUGUGUAAAUUUGAGUUUGUCAUGGACUAGGAGAGACAGUGAAACAGGAUAAGUAAACAAUUGUUAGGAAGCUGCCUUGAGUUCAUAAGCCGGAAGGACCUUUUUAGAAUUGUUUAAGGACAUUAAGAAUAGCAUUGAGUUAUUUUCUUUAAAAAGUCACUGUGGGCAAUACUCACAGGUUGGUUGUUAAUAUAUAGGAUGUGAUAUUGAAGACUCCUUAAAAAGUACUUGAGAAAGGUGGAAACAUUUUAUCUUUUUAUAAGGCAUUUUCUCAAAAAACAUUUAAUGCAGCUUAAAAAAAAUAAGACCUUUAUUUAAACCUGAAAGUUUUUACAACCCUACUGCCAAACCCACAGUUACUUCUGCUGAUGACAAUUUGUAAUCCAGAAUAAAAUCUGUGAAGUAAUUUAUUAGUGUAAUUUAACUUGGGCUUUCACAUUGACGCACUGCUUGAUGUUAAAUAAUUAUUCUUGUUUAAAUAAUUGUCAUUUAAGAAUGAGGGAGAUAGUUUUCUGAACAAAAUGUAGUAAUUAGUCAGAUGUGACAGUAGUUACAUUCUGCCUUUAUUAGAAAAUUUCAAGUUCUGUGGCGGUAACUGCCAAAGUUGUGAACUGAGGUAAUAUACACAUACUGCUUUUUUACAUGCUUGAGUAUUUUACUUUUGAUAAUAUUAAAAUUUGAUUUAAAAUUUCAAAAUGAUUGCCUUGCAUUUAGAUCUACAAUAAUACAAUAAAAUGGCUUUGGAGAUAAAUAUUAAAAUUUAGCUUUACUUCUUUUGAGCAUUUGUAAGUCCAUAGCAUUUGGAAAUUUAUUUACUGGUAUCAGGAAAGACUUCUUAGGGUAGAAACUUUCUGUGGCUUUAGACACUUGUCUGUAAUGCUUAAUUAUUUUUAGAAACAUAAAAGUGUAGGAUUUUUCAAAUAUAAAGAUAAAAAUUGUUGGUAUUUGCUAUAGCCGUAGGACUUUGUUGUGCUUAAUGAGUGACAUCAAACCAUUUGAACUCUGAGUGAUUUCUUUUCCUAGUAGCUGCUGUAUGAUAAAGAACAUGUGAGUUUGUAAUUCCUAGAAGAUAUUUAAGCAAACAUGUGUUUGUUGUUUAUUUUGGUAAGUCUUUGAUUAGCUGAGUUGCUUUGAUUCAGGAAGAUGGUAUUUUGAGGGUUUUAUAUUGUAAACAUUCUUUGAACUGAAAUUUCUGUUGAAUAUAAAAGAAAAUCAAAGUCAUUAAGGAUUUUUUUUUUAACACUUAAGUCUACUUAAGUCGUGAGAGUUUUAAAGAUAUUGAAGUCUUAAAUAUUUUUUCCUUCAUGAAACUCUUAUCAGACUUAUCAAUCUGAGAGUUUUAUUGUUCAAAAAGUUGUGGUUUUACUCUAGUGGGCCUUUAAUAGUUUACCCAUUAAAAUCUGGAUUCUGGAUUCAAGAAGUUUAACCUCUUUUGAAGAAAGGACAGUCACAGACAGAAUCGGAAGCACUCUCAGAGGACUUCUGAUGUAGCGUCUUACCAGUGUAAUGUUCAAGCUCAGCAAUGCCUUAUGUGGAUCGUCAGAAUCGCAUUUGUGGUUUUCUAGACAUUGAAGAAAAUGAAAACAGUGGGAAAUUUCUUCGGAGGUACUUCAUACUGGAUACCAGAGAAGAUAGUUUUGUAUGGUACAUGGAUAAUCCACAGAACCUACCUUCUGGAUCAUCACGUGUUGGCGCCAUUAAACUUACCUACAUUUCAAAGGUUAGCGAUGCAACUAAACUAAGGCCAAAGGCUGAGUUCUGUUUUGUUAUGAAUGCAGGGAUGAGGAAAUAUUUCCUACAAGCCAAUGAUCAGCAGGACCUAGUAGAAUGGGUGAAUGUGUUGAACAAAGCUAUUAAAAUUACAGUCCCAAAGCCGUUAGACUCACAGCCUCAUCCUGAUAACCCAAGUCGCCAGGGCGAAUGUGGAAAGAAGCAGGUCUCUUACAGAACUGACAUUGUUGGUGGUGUGCCCAUCAUUACCCCAACUCAGAAAGAAGAAGUAAAUGAAUGUGGUGAAACUAUUGACAGAAAUAAUUUGAAGCGGUCACAAAGCCAUCUUCCUUACUUCACUCCUAAACCACCUUCAGAUAGCGCAGUUAUCAAAGCUGGAUAUUGUGUAAAACAAGGAGCAGUGAUGAAAAACUGGAAGAGAAGAUAUUUUCAAUUGGAUGAAAACACAAUAGGCUACUUCAAAUCUGAACUGGAAAAGGAACCUCUCCGUGUAAUACCACUUAAGGAGGUUCAUAAAGUCCAGGAAUGUAAGCAAAGUGACAUAAUGAUGAGAGACAACCUCUUUGAAAUUGUAACAUCGUCUCGAACUUUCUAUGUGCAGGCUGAUAGCCCUGAAGAGAUGCACAGUUGGAUUAAAGCAGUCUCGGGUGCCAUUGUAGCACAGCGGGGACCCGGCAGAUCAGCGUCUUCUAUGCGGCAGGCCAGAAGGCUGUCGAACCCUUGUAUACAGAGGUAUACGUCAAGAACUGGGGAAUGCAGCACGAGCAUUCCAACAGUCCUUCCGAGCCCAAACACACUCUCCGCUCUGCCAGUGCCGCAGCAGCCACCCCACAUUCCGCAGCCUCUCGCAGCAACUCUUUGGUCUCAAGCUUUCCCAUGGAGAAGCGAGGAUUUUACGAAUCUCUUGCCAAGGUCAAGCCAGGGAACUUCAAGGUCCAGACUGUCUCUCCAAGAGAACCAGCUUCCAAAGUGACUGAACAAGCUCUGCUAAAACCUCGAAGUAAAAAUGGCCCUCAGGAACAAGAUUGUGACCCCGUGGACUUGGAUGACGCAAGCCUUCCAGUCAGUGACGUGUGAGGUGGAAGCUCGUGGAGCCUGACCCGCCUCAUCAGCCCGCGGUGUCCUUUUCACAAGGCUUUUCGCCAAAGAUGAUAAAGGGGAAGUGGGUUUUAACGCGUAGAGUAUCCUGCCUCGUCGCUGUCCUCUUUAUAAGCUGGUAAGCCAAGGAGCUAGCAAGUGGCCAAACUAAAUGUAAUUUCUUUAAAAGAAAGAAAAAAGCCCUGUUAGUAUCAACUGUCUGAAGCUUUGUUCUCAUUGGGAUGAUAAAAACGUGUGUGUGUGUGUGUGUGUGAGAGAGAGACACUUUUUCCUAGUGAAUUUGACAAUUUAACCGCUUCACAAUUUAAAACAUGAAAAAUGCUUAUUAAUUACUUUGGUUGUUUUAAAAAUGCUACUGUGACUUCCUAUUAGAUGUUCAGUCUCUACACAUUCUUACUGGUUAAUAUUAUUGAUUGAAAUAUUGUCAGACAAAGAUGUCUAAACUCAUGACGUCUGUGGUGCUGUAAAAUUUAUACUACAGUGUGGACAGUUUUGAAACGAUAACCAUUUUUGAUGCUCUCGAUCUCAAGGUGAGCAGUGCAUUUUGAUUAGAGGGUAUUAUUGAACUGUUAGUGAGGGUUGUGGGUUGUACUGUUGGAGAAAAGGGGAGAAUUAGAAUUCAGACAGGUAUAUCUUGGACAUUUGUUUGUAAAAUCUUAGUCAAGAUGUGUAGCACAGUCAUUGCUUUUAUUCAGUGAAAAUUAUUUGGUAUGAAAUUUCUUGGAGGUCUGAUUUUCUUGUCAAAAUCUUGUAAAUAGUUCUAUAUUUGAAUCAGUGGAAGACCUCGUUUAUAUGUAAAGAUACUGCCCUUAGUCAUGUGGUUGUAGCCUCUGCUUUUUGUCACUAGUAACCUGUAUCCAAGUGUUCAUCUUGUUUAGGAAUGUGUUGAGAUUAAUGUGCUCAAAAGUCCUAUGUGAUUGGUUUUAAACAAUUGGGAUAAAAUUAAUUUUUAGUAGCAUAAGUUAAUGUGUUAAGUAGCAUACCAUUUUGUGUUAGAGAUACCAGAAUGUUGUUAUUCUACUAUCUGUGCAAUACAUGUUUUAAGCACAAAUUGGAGUAUACAUUUAAUCAUGAGGAUGUCAAAAAUACAAGUUUCUCUCAAAAAUGUCGUUAGUUUCAGGUGUUGAAUAAUAGACCAGUUUGACCAAGUACUGUUUCUACGGUUCAGUCUUAAACAUUUGCUUUAAGAAAAUAGUCUUGAAUUUCAUAUGCUGCUAUUUUUUAUGAUAUUUUGCCAUAUUACAGUACUGUUUUGUUUUGAAUUCAUACAUGUCACUGUUUCUCCUUUUCAUUUUCUCAGAUGACUUUUUGUUUGAGAGCGAGAAAGUGGGAGUGGAUUUCUUAAAUCAGAGUGGAGUCCAGAGGUUACUAUCUGUUACACUAGAAUUAUCAUAGCAUCAGUUUAAAAAUCCAAAUGCAUAAAGAAUGCACCACUCAACAUUUUUAUUCAUAAGCUAUUAUUUUUGAAACUUAUAUUUAGAUUUUUCUUCUUUUUUGCAGCUACAUUUGAAAAUGAUAGAAUGAAAAGGUUUUAAGUUGUUAUUUUCUCUGCGGAUGCAUCCAUUUCGUCGGCUCUUUUAGAAAGCUCUUUUCUCAUGAGCACACCUAAGAAAUCUUGUGCAGACAGUUGGUGAUACUCAGGAGCUGAAUAUUCAGGAGCCUAAUGCUGUUUUCUUUGGUACAGCUUCCACACUGCAUGUUCAUUUUAAUAUUUUGGUAUUGGUAAUUUGAUAUAUUUCAUAGUGGCAAAAUAUUAGCUCUAUUUUGGGACUUUUUAUAGAACUACCCUUGCAUUCAAUAGCAUAGGAAAAUGUUCUUGUGAUUGUCAGGGUCUUCUAAUAUUUAUCUCAAUACUUUUAUAAUACUAUGAAAAUUAUUUAAUUAUUUUAAAACAUAUACUUUUCUUGUAAAUAUGUCCACAUCCGAAUUGUCAAAGAAUUACUUUGAAUACCUUAAUAUUUGCUGCAUUUUUUUCUGUGUAUAUAACAUGUCUUCUCUCAGAAUGGGAAUAUAUGUGUGCUUCCUGAUGUUUACUUUUAUGUCUGGUAUCUUUAUACAUCAAACUGGUUAAACACUGUAAUGCUUCAAAAUAAACUCAGAAUUAAUUCUAACUUAUUUCUCAGGAAUGAUUCAGUUCUUGUGUAAACAAAGAAAUAAAAUAAAUACAAAAUAU